AUGCCCAGCAAGAGAGCACGCGGAGCCUCGGAGGAGUCCGACGAGGACUACAACCCCGACGAGAGCGACGUCGAGCCCCCCAAGCCUGCCCCGCCCCCCAAGAAGAAGCAGAGGCGAACCAAGGAGACAACCACGCGCCCCGAUCGACUUCAGUCGGUUAUGAUGAUCGGAGGAGCUCCGAGAUGGUUGUGCGAUCAUCCGAACAGUGGCGGCCAGGCAUGCAAGUCGACUACGAAGCCUGAUGACCACAGCAUCAGCUCUCACAUCGCCAAGUUCCACAAGGACGACUCGGCAUACUUGGAGAACAAGAAGCGUGGUGUUCAGGAUUGCCCCUUCUGCGACCUUACGAAGCAAACUGGGGAUGCCCGCUUCGCCAACUUCCUUUCGUACCAGCAGCACGUGCGAGAGACCCAUUCUACCCUCGGCAAUUCCCAGCAUCUCAAAGAUGCGCUUCACGAGAAGGCCCUAGCCAAGGGCGACGAGAGCAGCGCCUGGUUCAAGGACGCUGGCAAGACUUCUCUGUUCUCUAAGGCGCCCAGAACCACCAAGAGUGGCAAGGAUGACGAGGAGACCGACUCGGAGGAUCCUGAUGGCGACUAUGUCGACUGUCGCGAUGAUGAGCCUGACUACGGUCCCAACGGCCCUGGUGGCGCUGGCGGUCCUGGUGGUUCUGGCGGUCCCCCUCCCGGUGGUUCCAUCCCCCCGAUUCCCAACCAGGUCGUCGACUCCUGCGCCUAA